CGCCGGUGUUUUUGGUAGACUGGCUCCUGCAGCUGUUCGACUCUGUCGAGACACUCCGUCUCGCGUUUAUCACGCACACAGAUGACGUGGUGCUCUGUCGCGAGUCCCAUGUCGUCAAGAACCUGUCGAUAAAACAUAUGAGUGUGGGAACCCUACAUCACCUGCCUGAAAUUCUCGAAUGCGGUGCGCUUUCAGGCCUUACGGUGGAUGUCAACGGUCGUCGUGAAGGCGGCUAUGAAUCUGCUAUACACGGCUUUAUGCAAGAUAUCGGACAGAACAUCGAGAGUUAUCAUCACAUUGAUUACUCCACAGGAUGGUCCGGUCCCAGACCAUGUGAGUGGAAGUGGCUCGACUCUGCUUUUUCGUGAUGACAAUAGACUGCUUUCCAGCCCGGGCGCCCACAUUGUCCACCUACAAAUACAUUUCUUCGGUAACUCUCACGUCAGACUUAUUCAGCCACCGCCGUUCUCGUAGUGCGUUGGAGUGGGCCGUUGUCUUUUUGGCCUCACUGCCGGCGAAUAUACGUCGCGUCAGACUCGUGUGCCACAGCCUUCGGGACAGCAACACAGCAUCGCACGAGAGGGUGAAACAGAUUGACUGGGCAGCGCUCGGUCAAGCUCUCCGGUCGUACACAAAUCUCGCUUCUUUGGAGAUCGGUGCUCAUUAUGUGCUAUCUGCGAAAAGGUGUGGUUCGCUUGAGGACGAUUAUCUCGCAAGGACAGUCGUGCUCGAGAGACUCCCGGAACGGCUGAGACCAAUUACCGUGUUUGUCUAAAAACCAAUUUACAGAUUAA